AUGAUUGGCGGGUUUUGUGUCUCCUGUGUACUUUUUGCAAAAGAAGACCGUACAGGUCUUGGACAGCUGGUGAACAGUCCAAUGACGAAUUUCACUCGAGCGAAGAAGACCCUGGAUGAACAUCAGCUUCAGGAGACCCACGUGGUGGCUACAGAGAGUAUGGCAGCGUUUAUGAGACAAACGGAAAAAGGUGAACUGUCAGUUGGACAACUACUGUUGAGUGAAGCAAGAUCAAAUGUUCAGAAAAAUUGCACCAUUCUGAAGUCAAUCGUGAACACCCUUAUCCUGUGUGGCAAGCAAAACAUUGCACUGAGAGGACACGGGGAUGCUGGCAGGGGAGGUAAUCAGGGAAACUUCCAUGCUCUACUGAAAUUCCGUCUUGACGCAGAGGAAGUUUUGGAGUCAAAGUUUUUCUCUGUUUGUGCCGAUGAAGCUGCAGAUACUGCCAACAGAGAGCAAAUGGCCCUUAUUGUGAGAUUUGUUGACAAGCAAGGACACAUUCGAGAGGAAUUCUUAGAUUUUAUACAUUGCGAUGAAGGUACUACAGGCAGGGCUCUUUCUGGUAAAAUCAUAUCAAGCCUGCAGAACAAUGGACUAGACAUGAAUUACCUCCGUGGUCAGGGCUAUGACGGAGUGGGAAAUAUGGCAAGCAUCCGCGAAGGGGCUGCAGCUCAUAUUACUGCCAUAUAUCCAAAGGCUUUAUACUGCCACUGCGCAGCUCAUGUUCUCAAUCUAUGUGUUGUUGCAGCUUGCAAAAUCCAAGCUGUAAACAAGACGAUGACCACAACGAAAGAAAUCAAUUUGUUCUUCUCUCACUCACCUAAGAGGCAGCAAGAAUUAGAAUGCCACAUUGCCAAAAUGGAAGGUACUGGAUCAAACAGGAGAAAGCUGGUGGAUUUGUGCCGAACACGGUGGGUUGCGCGAAUUGAAGCAUUUGAAACCUUUGACUGGCUGUUUCCAGCAGUUGUGAACACGUUGGAAGAAGUCAGUCAGGCAUUAGUGGUAGUGAAGAAGACGCUUGGCUAUGUGAAAGGCCUCACUCGGUCACUGCAGCAGCGAGCAUCUGAUAUUUGCAAAGCUUACAAUCUCCCUUCACCUACCGAUUUGCCACAAGAAAUACACAAUUGGACAAACAGUUGGAGGAGACAUGAAAGCCCUUUACCAGACAACCCAGCAGAUGCUCUCCAUUAUGCUCACACAACGUUGUAUCCGAACAUCAACUGUCUUCUUUGA